AUGUUUAAUACGCCAGAAAAUCAAAAGGACAAAUUACAAACAUCAUCUUCCAGUUCAACAUCGUCACCACCAGUUGUUGCCGUUCCAUUACCACCCGAUAUUACGUUUUUUAAGAAAGCGGUUUGUAUUCGUCAGCCACUGUUGUCUGGUGCUACAGAUAGCUCACAAUCAAGAUUUAGCAGUUCUAGAGCAGCACCGCAAUUGUCGUUUUCCGCAUAUCCUUCAUCAUCAUCGCCACCACCACCACCACCAAGAUCUGCCCAUACGUGUCUCAGCCUUUAUAAUCGUCCAAAGAAUAUCGAUUAUCGUGAACAAAAUUUAGCUACACAAAUUCAUCCUUUCGUUAAAAUUCCUCACCUUCAUACUUCUUUAUUAUUCCAGGCAAGCGCAAUUAUUUUAUUGCCAAAUAUUAUAAUUAUAGUAAUAACUAGCUAUAUUAAUUAUAGAUGA